UUCUCCCGCCAGCCGCCAGGGCAUAAAAAUGAAACCUAUAAUUCCCUCCCUCAAUAAUAUUUCUCUCCUUCUUCCUCCACCAGCCUUGCCUACAAUUCAUACAGUAGAGAAGCCUCUCUUCAUCUCCAUUUUAUCCUCUUCUCCUUUUCUUUUGACUCGAGAGUCACUUCUCAGUCUUAUAACAUACUCUUCCCUUCUCUCUUCUUAUAUAAUAAAUUCUUCAUUUUGUUUUUUAAAAUUUCGAUUCAAUGCUGGAAACAGAUUCUCAUUCCAAAACGUUUCUCGGCGUCCGUUUCGUUCUCUUUGGUUUCGAUCCCAUCAGCGAAACCGAGGUUAAAUCAAAGCUUGUCAAUGGCGGCGGCGUUGAUGCUGUUCAGUAUAGUGAGAACUGCACUCACGUCAUUGUCGAUAAGAUUGUUUACGAUGAUCCUGUAUGUGUUGGUGCAAGAAAUGAUGGAAAGACGGUUGUGAGAGGAUUAUGGGUUAAUCAUAGUUUUGAUAUUGGGAUGCCUGUUGAUGCCACUUCUAUAAUGUAUCGACCGCUUAGAGAUUUGAAUGGAAUUCCGCGUGCCAAGAAUAUAACAAUGUGCUUGACUGGGUACCAACGCCAAGAUCGAGAUGACAUUAUGACCAUGGUUGGCUUGAUGGGGGCACAUUUUUCUAAGCCAUUGGUGGCUAACAGAGUUACUCAUCUCAUCUGCUACAAAUUUGAAGGUGAGAAGUAUGAGCUUGCCAAUAAAAUGAAGAAGAUAAAGCUUGUUAAUCAUCGAUGGUUGGAAGAUUGCUUAAGAAAUUGGGAGCUUCUUCCAGAAGAUAAUUAUAGCAAGAGUGGCUAUGAGUUGGAGAUGCUGGAAGCUGAAGCAAAAGACUCUGAGGAUGAAGCUGAGGGUACCAGUGUGAAGCAACCAAGUUGUGAAAAUGUGAAUAAGAGUCAGAAUUUAAAAGCUGGAACAUCCAAGUCUUGUGAAAUGCCCAAAACUGGGGAAGUGCUGAAAGUAUCACAUAAUUUGAGUGAGCCUGAAGGUCUAUCAAGGGUGCCUGGCCAUUUGGACGCUUGUGGCUUCAAGGGUGCCUCUUCCAAUGAUCCACCUGAUCCAAAAGAGAGGACUCCUAUUUCUACAAGGACAAGCAAUGACUUGGAAUUUGUUUCUAGAAUUGUUGAAAGGCCUUCUCAUUCUGAUGCUAAGUAUAAUGCUACAAUAAGUUACACAAGGAGAACUCCACGAAGGUCCCCAUCAUCAAUUUACCCUGGAAACUCAGGCAACACUAGAGGCUCUCCUAAAGUUCUCUUAGGUGAAUCCGUCAACAAGUCUUCUGCCAAAGUUCUGAAUCCAUCAGUUACAAACGCAGUUCAAGGUUCUGAACCAACACAUUUGGUGGAUGGUCCAUCUAGGAUUAAUAACCAUUCUCCUCUUGGCAAUACUGGUCACUCUGUGCAUGAUAUGAGUAGUAUGAAUGCUGUGCUAAACUCACAUGCCAAAUAUUCAACAGCCAAGUCAUCAAAAUUUAGUAGAAACACGGUCACAGAAGAUAACGCUUUCCUUGCAAAUAUGGUCUUGGAAACUGGUGAAAAUGAGAGUGCAAAUAAUAAGACACCACAACCAUCCUCCAGGGACUUGAGAGAGAACAACUUGGUCCUCAGGUCUGAUAGUGGAGGUUUUGUUGUUGAAAGAUAUGAACAGAUGGUUGCAGAAGCAGGGGAGCCACAAAAUCAGCAGCAAGAUGGAGGCGGUCCAUUUUCACUUAAGGAAUUAGAGAUAGAUAAAUCUGACAUGCUUUCUGAUUUGCAUGUGCUUCGGGCAGGAAAAGAUGACUUCAUUACAAAGCCAGUUAGGAAGAAGAUGAUUGCCAAAAAGACUUUAGGUUCUAGAUCAAAAUUGAAAAGCAAUGAGAGCCAGAAAGGUUCCAUAUACUUAAAUGCAACUGCUUCUCAAAAUGAUCCUACAGUUACUAUGGCUGAGGUGAAAGAGAGAGAAGAGGAUGGGAAUUUUUCUGAUGCCACUGAGCUUGAGACAUCCCUGGCAAUUGUCAAUGUUGCAGUAACAGAGAAGAUGGAGACGGAAAGUGCUACAAAGCUGGGGAAUAAUAUUGAGGUUAAGAUUGGUUUCAUGGAUGAUGAGACUGAGGCUCCAGAUGAGAAAAAUGAAUGUGAAAACUUUCUCGAAGAAGAGCAGGCUGACAUGAUUGAUUUGCCACAUAAAGCAGAUAAUAAGAUAGAAAUGAAAUUAGAAGCAGAUAAUUCUGCAGCUUACAUGCGCAAUGGUCCGGUAGAAGGGAAAAAUCCAGUUGAAAUACAAAAGAGGGAUGAAUCAAUCUUGACAGAAGAUUUUGUAAAAGGAAAAGGAAGGAAGCAGCCUUCAGGUAAGACCAAUACCAAGACUGUUACUUCGAUUGUUAGAAAAGAAGAGUCUAAGAAAGUUCUGAAUAUGGAAGAGAAUCUUAAUGGCAAGAAAAUUGAGGAGAAUGCUGCAGAAAAGGAAAGCACUGAGCCACAUCGUGCAGGUCAAGGUAAAAGCAGAAUUAUAUCUAGGAAAAAGUCCAAGAACUCUGUGGAAGCUGAGAAGGAGAAUAAGCCUGCUGUUGAUGGAGAUCAAUAUGCAAGUCUGGAUGACAAGCGUGUUGGUGAAACAGCUGCUAAAUCCAAUAAAGCACCGGUGAAGUUUAAUCAUAAGGUUAGUAAAAGUAAUCUUGGUUCUACAACAGGAAGAGAGGUUACAAAGCAAGUGAAAGCCGAACCCCUAUGGUUUAUAUUGAGUGGGCAUAGAUUGCAAAGGAAGGAGUACCAGAAAGUUAUUAAGAGUUUGAAAGGAAAACUCUGCAGAGAUUCUCAUCAAUGGUCAUACCAGGCAACACACUACAUAGCUCCAGGCCCAAUUCGCAGGACAGAAAAGUUUUUUGCUGCUGCAGCAUCUGGAAGGUGGAUUCUUAAGACGGAUUAUUUAACUGCUUGUAGUCAGGCAGGGAGGUUCUUGGCAGAGGAAUCUUAUGAAUGGCACAAGAAUGGCCUUAGCGAAGAUGGAACAAUUAACUUAGAGGCUCCAAGGAAGUGGCGGCUGUUGAAGGAGAGAACAGGUCAUGGAGCCUUCUAUGGGAUGCGUAUUAUCAUUUAUGGAGAAUGCAUGACACCACCUUUGGAUACUCUGAAACGUGUAGUGAAGGCAGGGGACGGUACCAUCUUAGCAACUUCUCCUCCUUACACCCGUUUUAUUACAUCUGGAGUUGACUUUGCUAUCAUCAGUCCUGGCAUAACACGAGCAGAUGUGUGGGUCCAAGAGUUCUUAAAACAUAAGAUACCCUGCAUCGUUGCUGAUUACUUGGUGGACUAUGUCUGCAAGCCUGGGAAUUCUCUUGAGAGACAUGUACUGUACAAUACCAAUGAUCUGGCAGAGAAGUCAUUUUCCAACCUUUUGAGCAAGGCAGAAAUGAUUCCUGAGGACUUGACAAUGUCAAAGGAUUGUGAUGGUGGUGAUGAUAUAGCCUGUGAAGUUUGUUGUUCUUGCGAUAGAGGGGAAGAUAUGCUGAUAUGCGGUGAUGAAUGUGGCUCUGUUGGCUGUGGGGCUGGGAUACAUAUAGACUGCUGCGAUCCUCCUCUUGAAAGCAUUCCAGAAGAGGAUUGGUUUUGUCCAAAGUGUAGCGGAAGCAGGAGCACCAGCCCUAAGAAGAAAAGGAUUAAAAAGGCACUUCAUUAAAGGCUAAUUGGUUUCUUAUUUCUCUUGAAACCCUUUUAGCUUUCAAUCAAAGAUGUCCGUAUUUAACACAUUUUGUUGCGACCAAACAUGUAGAAUUUACUAUACUUGAUCUCAUGUGUAUGCCAUAGAUUUGUAUAAUAACCUUCCUAGUUAGCCACUGUGAUUAUAGGAUGCAUUCAGCCUGUGUUCAGGACAUAAUGUAUUUAUUUUCAGAAAUUGAUUCUUUGCAUCUCGUAAGACAUCUUCAAUUUUAUGUUUGUGAACUUAUCCAA